GCGGAGCGCGGCGGUGCCGGCGGGGCCCGCGCCCUCCCGCACGAUGUCAGCGCAGGGCAAGUUCAAGAAGGACAAAGAGAUCAUCGCCGACUACGAGGCGCAGGUCAAAGAGAUCCGAACGCAGCUGGUGGAGCAGUUCAAAUGCCUGGAGCAGCAGUCGGAGUCGCGGCUGCAGCUGCUGCAGGACCUGCAGGAGUUCUUCCGCAGGAAGGCCGAGAUCGAGCUGGAGUACUCGCGCAGCCUGGAGAAGCUGGCCGAGCGCUUCUCCUCCAAGAUCCGCAGCUCCAGGGAGCACCAGUUCAAGAAAGAUCAGCACCUGCUGUCCCCUGUGAACUGCUGGUACCUGGUUCUGACGCAGACGCGUCGGGAGAGCCGAGACCACGCCACGCUGAACGACAUCUUCAUGAACAAUGUCAUCGUCCGGCUGUCCCAGAUCAGCGAGGAUGUCAUCAGGCUCUUCAAAAAGAGCAAGGAGAUUGGCCUCCAGAUGCACGAGGAGCUCCUGAAAGUCACCAAUGAGCUCUACACGGUGAUGAAGACCUACCACAUGUACCACGCAGAGAGCAUCAGCGCCGAGAGCAAGCUGAAGGAGGCAGAGAAGCAGGAGGAAAAGCAGUUCAACAAGUCGGGGGACAUCAGCGUGAACCUGCUGCGACACGAGGACCGGCCGCAGCGGCGCAGCUCUGUCAAGAAGAUUGAGAAGAUGAAGGAGAAGAGACAAGCCAAGUAUUCUGAGAACAAGCUGAAGUGUACAAAAGCCAGGAACGACUACCUGCUGAACCUGGCAGCCACCAACGCGGCCGUCAGCAAGUACUACAUCCACGACGUGUCUGACCUCAUCGAUUGCUGCGACCUGGGCUUCCACGCCAGCCUCGCUCGCACCUUCAGGACGUACCUGUCGGCAGAGUACAACCUGGAGACGUCGCGGCACGAGGGCCUGGACGUCAUCGAGAACGCCGUGGACAACCUGGACGCGCGCAGCGACAAGCACACCAUCAUGGACAUGUGCAACCAGGUCUUCUGCCCGCCGCUCAAGUUCGAGUUCCAGCCCCACAUGGGGGAUGAGGUGUGCCAGGUGAGCGCCCAGCAGCCUGUGCAGACCGAGCUGCUGAUGCGGUACCACCAGCUGCAGUCUCGGCUGGCCACCCUCAAGAUAGAGAAUGAAGAGGUACGGAAAACGCUGGAUGCCACGAUGCAGACCUUGCAGGACAUGCUGACAGUGGAAGAUUUUGAUGUUUCAGAUGCCUUCCAGCACAGCCGCUCCACUGAGUCGGUCAAGUCAGCCGCAUCAGAGACCUACAUGAGCAAAAUCAACAUUGCCAAGAGGAGAGCCAACCAGCAGGAGACUGAAAUGUUCUAUUUCACUAAAUUUAAGGAGUAUCUGAAUGGCAGCAACCUCAUCACGAAGCUCCAGGCUAAGCACGACCUGCUGAAGCAAACUCUGGGAGAAGGUGAAAGAGCUGAGUGUGGAACAACCAGGCCCCCCUGUCUUCCCCCUAAGCCACAGAAAAUGAGGAGACCUAGGCCUCUCUCAGUGUAUAAUCAUAAACUCUUUAACGGCAAUAUGGAAACAUUCAUUAAGGAUUCAGGACAGGCCAUUCCACUUGUGGUAGAAAGCUGCAUCCGCUACAUCAAUCUGUAUGGCCUCCAGCAACAGGGCAUCUUCAGAGUCCCUGGCUCCCAGGUGGAAGUCAACGACAUCAAGAACUCGUUUGAGAGAGGUGAAGACCCCCUCGCUGAUGACCAGAAUGAACGAGACAUUAACUCAGUGGCUGGAGUCUUGAAGCUGUAUUUCCGAGGACUGGAAAACCCCCUCUUUCCUAAGGAAAGGUUUCAAGAUUUGAUAUCUACUAUAAAAAUUGAGAACCCUGCAGAGAGAGUGCACCAGAUCCAGCAGAUCAUUGUCACUCUGCCUCGGGCUGUCAUCGUGGUCAUGAGAUACCUCUUUGCUUUCCUUAACCACUUGUCACAGUACAGCGAUGAGAACAUGAUGGAUCCCUACAACCUGGCCAUCUGCUUCGGGCCCACGCUGAUGCACAUUCCUGACGGGCAGGAUCCGGUGUCCUGCCAGGCCCAUGUCAAUGAGGUCAUCAAAACCAUCAUCAUUCACCACGAGGGCAUCUUCCCCAGCCACCGAGAGCUGGAGGGGCCUGUCUACGAGAAGUGCAUGACUGGAGGGGAGGAGUACUGUGACAGCCCGCACAGCGAGCCGGGCACCAUCGAUGAGGUGGACCACGACAACGGGACAGAGCCGCACACCAGUGACGAUGAGGUGGAGCAGAUUGAAGCCAUAGCCAAGUUUGACUACAUUGGGCGAUCUCCACGGGAGCUCUCCUUCAAGAAAGGGGCCUCGCUCCUGCUCUACCACCGGGCGUCGGAAGACUGGUGGGAAGGGAGACACAACGGGGUGGACGGGCUCAUUCCCCACCAGUACAUCGUGGUGCAAGACAUGGAUGAUGCCUUCUCUGACAGCCUGAGCCAGAAGGCAGACAGCGAGGCGAGCAGCGGGCCGCUGCUGGACGAUAAAGCCUCCUCCAAGAACGACAUCCAGUCACCCACAGAUCACAUCUUGGACUAUGGCUUUGGGGGAGUCAUGGGCAGGGUGAGAUUGAGGUCCGAUGGUGCCGCCAUCCCCCGGCGCCGCAGCGGGGGCGACACGCACAGCCCGCCCCGAGGGAUGGGGCCUGGCAUCGACACCCCUCCCCGAGCAGCAGCCUGCCCCAGCAGCCCCCACAAGAUCCCCCUCAACAGGGGCAGGAUCGAGAGCCCUGAGAAGCGCAGGAUGGCCACGUUCGGCAGCGCGGGCAGCAUCAACUUCCCAGACAGGAAGGCCCUGGCCGAGAGCCACCCGCUGAGAUCCACCUGCGGGUCCACCCGCCACAGCAGCCUUGGAGAUCAGAAAUCCCUGGAAGCAGAAGCUCUUGCUGAGGACAUUGAGAAGACGAUGAGCACGGCGCUGAACGAGCUGCGGGAGCUGGAGAGGCAGAACACGGCCAAGCAGGCGCCCGACGUGGUGCUGGACACGCUGGAGCCCAUGAAGAACCCGCCGCUGGGCGCCGCCAACUCGGAGCCGGCCAGCCCGCUGCACACCAUCCUGAUCCGGGACCCCGAGGCGGCCAUGCGGCGCAGCAGCAGCUCCACCUCCGAGAUGAUGACCACCUUCAAGCCGGCGCUGUCGGCCCGGCUGGCCGGGGCGCAGCUGCGGCCGCCGCCCAUGCGGCCGGUGCGGCCCGUGGUGCAGCACCGCUCCAGCAGCAGCAGCAGCUCGGGCGUGGGCAGCCCCGCCGUCACCCCCACCGAGAAGCUCUUCCCCAGCAGCUCGGCAGAUAAAUCGGGCACCAUGUAGGGCGGGGGCUGCGGCGCCCGGACGCCGGGAGCGGGGCGAGCGGAGCCUCGCUGGGUGGGCAGGGGUCAGAGCCCUGCUGGGGAGCCUCUGUGGAAGGAAACACGUGUGGGGCCUGGGCCUGGUGCUGUACAUACGUGUGUGUGUAUGUACAUAGGUGUGCACACACCCCAUCCAUGCAGAAACACUUCCCGAGCUUGCAGUCCUACAGCAGGAGGAGACGGCAGGUCUGAGUGUUGGCGCUGGAGAACACACUCGGUGUAGAAGUAUAUAUUAAAAACAAAGUGUACAGAAUUCAGUGACUUUUUAAAACAGUAGAUUUACCUCAGAAACUGGCUCUGAAAUGUCCUCUCUUGAGACAGUGGGUUGGUCUGGGUUUCCAAGGCUGUCUGUGUGCACCUGGAAGCCCACGCUGCAGCAGCUGUGCGUCAAGCAAUACAAGGCCAUCCUGGAGUUUAUUUUCUGUACCUCUUGGCAUUGAAGAAACAAAAAAAGGGAUGGGAAUGCAGUGGGGUCUGUUCACUGCUGGGCUGUGGAGAAGAGCUGGAAAUCCAUACAUGACCAUGUGUGACCAGCCAGCUGGAGUCUUUCCAGUCCUGAAUCCUGAGAUAUCUUCAUAUGCCCGUGAUGCCCUGGCAGCAGGGACAAGCAGGGUGUGUGCCAUGGAUGGGAAUGGAGUGCAGUGAGUGUCAUGAGUGGGACAGAGUGAGGUGUGUGCCAUCACCCUCAUGCAGGAGGAGGACGCUGUGCUGCACUGGGACUGUGGAAUGCUGCUUCUCUGCAAGUUCUCAGAGUGAGCAAGGACUAGUGACCAAACCUGUGGUAAAGCAUGGAGUAACUUACAGAGUUUGGAGAUUCUUCAUCUCCCUUUCCCCAUGUGCUUUUUUCUUUUUUUUUUUUUGUAUAACAAAACCCAACUCAGUGGUCUCUUGAGAGUCAGGCCUGAGCAGCAAGGAGGGGUCUCAGGUCAGAGUGGUUGUCCUGCAUGAGAAGCAUGAGCCGUGUUUCACCACAUCAGAUACAAAACUGGUCUGAUGGGUGAUACUUUGCACUUUCUGUACUGUACCAUAUAAUACAACAGUUUGAGUUUAUGCAAAAGAAUCUACAUUUUGUUUUACCCAGAGAAAAAAUAUGCAGAAGGCUGGGGAGUGCAUGGUCCUGUGUGAUAAUCCAGACUCCUCUGUAAGCACUGAAUCAGAGAUGCUCCGUGCUUCUCCUGCAGCUUUUCCUUGUACAGAUAUCCAUGCAAUGCCCCAUGGUUUGAUUUGGCACUUCCCCAUGGUCACAUGCUUAUGUCUCCUAACAUUCAUCCUUCCUCCCUGCUAUCUCUGAUCCUGCUGCUCUGUGCUGGGCAAGGGGCCUGCCAGCCCUCCUGACUCACCCAGCAGCCACUUACCCUGCCUGGGGCUUUGCUUUGUCCCCCCUUCAUCUUCCUCAUCUCUCCAGCACUGCUGCGGACCCCAGCUCUGCAGAAGCAGCCUGGCUUCCAGAAGGCAGUGGAGGCUCUGACCAGGGUGGCAGAACCCGUCAGUCCUGCCGUGGCUCGUGUCUCCUCGGCUGGGGAGCUCCCUCGUGUGCAAGACUGCCUGUACAUCCACACCUGUACCUCUGUACCUGUGCUGUCGCAGCUGCACCCCAUCUCUGCCCCUCCACAGCUGUGCACCGGGCACAGGCCCUGGGACCGGCUGGUGCCUGUCCCCUGCCCCUCGCACGUGUCCCCUCACGCCCCGCUCUGCCAGCCCUGUAAAUAUUGCUGUACUUGCUUAACUGCUCGAAGGUAACUGUUAACCUGUAAACUGUACAAAAAUAGGCUAAAGUUAGAUAAAGCCGAUGCCACUCAACAAAUCUUUGCACUUAGUAGGUAGCUCAAUGUAAAAAUAAACCCAGUAAUAAUACUAGUAAUCCCGAAGGGAAGCGAAGCCGCCGGCACCCCUGGCAGAGCCCGUGGGGAGCAGCUCUGCCCACGUCCCUCCCUGUCACGCUGGCAGGGCAGACGGUGUGUGUGCGUGUCUGUGAACGUCCUUGGCGUUUGGUUCACGUUGGUGUUUAUUUCUCCAUCAUGCCCCUUUCCUGGCACAGCCCUGGCACUGUCCGGCCUGGCACAGCGGCUGCAGAUGUUCAGCCAGGCUGGGCUGGUCAGGGACCUGUGCUGGGGAGGGAGGGACCCAUUUGGCACGAGUGCUGUGUAUCCAUUGCCAGUAAUUAUUACUUUUGUUUCCAUUUAGUUCCUGGAGAACAUUCACUUUGCCAGUUUUCUGUUUUUUGUAUGCUUUCUGAGAUGACUUGAGAGCAAACCCAUCUUCAUUAGGGGUUUUAUUUCCUCCCUUACUUUUGACCAUACGGUACAAAUUCCAGUGUCUUUCUAUUAAAUUAUUGCCUUUCAUUUUC